AUGGCGGGCUCCAGCUUCAGUACGGAAAGGAGCUCAGUGCAACUUCGCCGUCACUCUACUCUAGCACAUGAGUCGUAUGAGGGCACCGCUUUACCACAGGUCACAUCCCACCAAAUGGUACUGAGUCCCCGUGGACCUCUACGCGGCUCGAGGUCUCCUAUUUUAGCAAGCGCAUUGCGCGGAAACUCCCAAGGAGCAGCGCCCCGGCACCAUGCCCAAGACACAUUGACAAGAGUGCCCAAUACGCAUCGGCGAACAGGAAGCACUCUGAAGACGGUUAUGCGAAAGAUCUUCACCCGCAAAAGGCGGAGUGAUACUGAUGAUCUCGACGAUGCCGUCUCGGAUUCUCCUACCCCACACUCGCAAACGCCUCGGUCAAACAAGGACAUGACCGAGAUUUCCUUCUUAGAGCUCCAGAGUCCAAAGUCACAGACGCCAAGUUCGAGCAGCCCUCUUCAACGGGAAGGUGGCGGCUUGCGGGUUCCCGAAGCUAGCUCGCAUAGUUUUGCACCGGUACUUUCUUGUCGCCGGCGAGCUACAUUACCCAGCUUAAUCAUGUCCGAGGACGGCCGAAAUGCGAUGGAGACAGUUUUCAAUACGGAUAGCGCAAGACGGAGCCGGGACAGGAGCUCUCACGCGAAUAGUGACCAGACAGACCUGCUACGCCGCGAGGAUCUGCGAGUAAAGAGGCGAUCACGAAGUGCUGAUGCGCUUCGCGCGAUGGCACGAGAUCACCAAAUGUCCCCUAUUCAGUGGAGACGACGCAGCACUGAAACCACCUACGUCAAUUCAUCAGCUUUUGAUAUGGCUUCAGACAGCGAAACGUCCGACCGACCUCCUACAAGAACAACAGUUGCCAGCACAUCCGAAACUCCCAGCGAGCGCCCAGUUGAGGUGCCUCUGAAGCAGGAGGAACAGGACAGCAUAACGCCGAACAUUGGAAAUCUUGUAAACUGCAUGCAGCACAGCGAAGAUAUCUCUCUUGAGCAGAGACUCACAACACUAGAGGUCAAGUUGAUCGACCUUGAGUUUGCCAUUGCCCGAAUGCAGAAUGUCCGCGCUGACCCUUCGCCGGCCGAGGCACUGAAAGAAAAUAAAGUCUCUACGCCCACCAAGAGCAGACGACAUGUCCGCAACAAGUCGUCGGCUCAUCUCCAGUCCGCCGGCACCGGGGAGCUGAAGAGCGACGGAUUCACGCCGGACGGUCGGCCUAUCAGCACCGCUACAAUACGACCUAGCAAUCUGCAGCCAUCACGGACUUUGCAAACACCAUCUUCCACCUCGUUAAGCGACUUCAGCGGGAUCUCAGUCGAGCAAUACAGCGCUCUUGUCAUGCUCCUGAGAAGGGAGCAGACCGCGCGAAGAAAUCUGGAGACGCAGGUCACCAGUCUCAAGGAAGACAUCGAGCAGCUGCAACGGCUCGCGAACAACUCAAUAUCCGUGGGCACGAUGUACCCUAUCCGCAGCCGAGAGUCUCAGGAGCUUGAUCGUAUGAGGAAAGCAUUGGCUCGCUGUCCAACGGACUCCGUGACCUGCUCGGAAAAGAUCGGCUCGCCGUACGAGAGUGAAUCCGAAGUGGAGAGUCCUGGAGGCUCUUCCAGGGACGACGUGUUCGGGCGGCCGAAGUGGCAGUGUAACCGGCGCAUUGAGGUCGCUCGUAUGAUAUGA